UAAAGUAUCAAGAAAAUAUGAUGGGAUUAACACCAGUGAUCAACAGCAGAUGGCAUUGUUAUUCCUCUGUGCACAGUGACAAGCUGAGGUUAUUCUGUAGUAAUGUUUGUCAGUAGUUAAUGUACUUUUUGACGGAAUAAUUUAGUGACAUAUUCAUUUGUUUAUUUAAAAGGAACAAUUGAUCGCUCACCUGGUAGAGCUGGCUGCAAAUGUACCAUUACUGAUCAAAUAUAAUGGUGAGGAUUUCACCCAAAUUUUAGCACAGUGUAUUUGUUUACCUUGUAGCAAGUGCGGGUUUGUUAUUCUCACAAGGGACCCUGGAGCUAAAGUGACUAAUGUUUAACAGACAACUAUGUUGAUGAUGACUCUCCUUAGUAACACUGAAACCACGCUCAUUUUUGGCACACUGUACCUUAAGGUUUAUGAAGACAAUUAGUUAGAGUGUGAAUUCUGCUAAUCUUUUGGAAUUUGAGAUAAUGCCCAACAAAGCCCAAGAGGAUGCUGUUAUUAACCUGAAGACACUGCAGGAGAUUUCCAGCCUGCUUGGUUUUGAGUGGACAGUUCUGGCGUCUGAGCUCGGCUUCAGCAGAACUGAGAUAGGGCGACUCCACACCAAAUCUGCAGAGAAGAGUAUCCAGGCUAGGGCUAUGUUGGAAAGCUGGUAUGAGAAGUCAUGGGACAAGCCCAAUAAGACCAAGCUGCUGCAAGAUGGACUGGAGCGAGCAGGCAGACGGGACCUGGCUGAGAGGCUGCGCUGCCUCCACUGGGGCCACCAGAAGCUGAGCCAUCGGGUUGAGCUGCCGUCCGCUUUCCCCUUCCUCAUCACGGUCCACAAGACCAUCCACAACCAAGAUGCACUACGCAGGAUCAACGACCUCAACCGUAGAUACACUUAAAGCUGGGUAAAAAUGCACGUAGCAUUACAAGCAUAUGAUAGGGUAUACUGCACACUGUAAUAAAUCUCAAAUAAAUGUCACUGAACAAAUAAUUGAGAUGCACGGGCCAUGUGUAUAGUCACACUGCUUUUGUCGCUUUGCAAGUACAUUUUUGGACCCAUCUUGAAUUCCUUUUAAUCCAUUAAAAUGACAUUUCUGCCAUUAAAAUCUUUAAAUUACUUCUUUUGUCCAAGAGAUAGUACAAAACCGAAAGAUAAAAAGAAAAAAGAGAAUGUUUGACAUUUGUGCUUGAUACAUGACAGAAAUCAGCUAUCAAAAUCUUUGUUGUUUAAUUAAAUUAAUUGAUUAAUGAAAAAACACAUAGAAUAGAUCUAUAUAGAAUAUAGAAUCUGAAUGAGAAUAAACUUUAUUGGCUAAGCAUGUAGACGCAUACAAGGAAUUUGACUUUCUCAACAUAGGAAGCACAAAGUGCCAUGAACAUGUAUAAAGAAAGAAAUAUAAACAUAAGACAACAAUAAACUAAACAAAGAUAGAUACACAAACACACAGAUAUUACGUACAAGCAAGUAGGUAUAAAUAGAGAUAUAUAGAUAUAAUCAGCAAUGGAUACAAUACAUACAAUAGUCAGUGAAAGUCAACUGUUACUGUAAACUAAGUUUGUGGCAUAUUUACUACUUUCCAUAGGCUACAAGUAAUGCAGGUGUACAUGGUAGUGCAAAGAACAGUGAACAAUAUGGUAUGACUAAUGUAAUACUUUACUCUUUAUAGAGAGAUGGUUUAUGUGCAUCUAACACUCAGUCUGACAAUAAAGGGGUAUUAUUGUUGCUGUGUUAUGUCAAAUAACUGUAACAGAUUUUGAAAAUAGACUGAACUCUAUUGCAGGACUUGUGUUCAGAUAUCACAUGGAUGAUCUACACAUGAGUAAGAUGGCAUGUGUCCCUGUGUUUUGAGUAUUAAAUACAAGUGGAUUUUA